UCUAGUACUUCCGGAACUUUCAACGCGAGCUCGUAAGAUUUUACGAUGCUGUCAUGCUAUUUGAUUUGGAAUUAGAUUCAUAAACAAAUGCUUUUGUUGCUGUUGUUGUUGUAUUUUUGUACUUUGAAGCCAAACAUGGACAUUUAUGCAUCAAAUCGAUUCACUGAAGGAGUUUAAGUUACUUCCUGCUCGACCAUCUGUUUACAUCAACCUCAGCAGUACUUUUGAUUUUUGCACUUAUAUGCUGUCUAUGCUUAUAUGUAUAUAUAAGAGGAAGAGGAAGUAAUCAUGCUGAAGGCUGUUAUUCUUAUCGGAGGUCCUCAAAAGGGCACCCGGUUUCGACCGCUAUCUUUUGAGGUGCCCAAGCCCCUGUUUCCAGUGGCUGGAGUGCCAAUGCUACAGCAUCACAUUGAGGCCUGCUCCAAGCUUCCGAAUAUGAAGGAGAUCUUACUUAUUGGCUUUUACCAGCCCAAUGAAGAACUAAACAGAUUUUUGUCAUGCGCCCAACAAGAUUUCAAAAUCUCAAUAAGAUACCUUCAGGAGUAUGCUGCUCUGGGCACCGGAGGAGGAAUCUACCAUUUCAGAGAUCAGAUUCUGUCUGGCAGUCCAGAAGCAUUUUUUGUCAUGAAUGCUGAUGUGUGCUCAGAGUUUCCUCUGCCAGAGAUGCUGGACUUCCAGAAAGAGCACGGAGACGCUUACAGUUUUGUCAUCCUAGGCACCACGGCCAACAGAAAACAGUCCCUGAACUACGGCUGCAUUGUUGAGAAUGAACAAACUAAUGAGGUCUUGCAUUAUGUCGAGAAGCCCAGCACGUUUGUGAGUGACAUAAUCAACUGUGGAAUAUACCUGUUCACUCCAGAGAUAUUCCAGCACAUCGGAGCAGUUUUCCAGAAGAACCAACAGGACAUGAUGUUAUAUUAUGACCAGGGAGAGGAGCAGUCCAAUGGCUGGCAUCGGGCAGAGGUGAUCCGUCUGGAGCAGGAAAUCUUUACGGCACUGGCAGGCCAAGGCAAAUUAUACGUGUACAAAACAGACCGCUUUUGGAGCCAAAUCAAAUCUGCAGGAUCUGCGAUCUAUGCAAGCCGUUUGUAUCUUAAUCAGUAUCACAAAACACAUCCAGAGAGGUUAGCUACUAAUAGAGAAGGAGGGCCAAAGACCAGAGGAAAUGUUUAUAUACAUCCAACUGCCAACAUCGAUCCAACUGCUGUGUUAGGUCCCAAUGUGUCCAUAGGAACAGGUGUAACGAUUGGUGCAGGAGUGCGUGUGAGGGAGUCCAUCAUCCUCCAUGGUGCUACUUUACAGGAUCACAGCUGCGUUUUGAAUAGUAUUGUGGGCUGGGACAGCACCAUUGGCAAAUGGGCCAGAGUGGAAGGGACCCCUAGUGACCCAAAUCCUAAUGACCCAUUUGCCAAAAUUGACAGUGAGACACUGUUCAGAGAUGGAAAACUAACACCAUCCAUUACAAUUCUAGGCUGUAAUGUAAAUAUCCCAUCUGAGGUCAUCAUACUCAACUCCAUCGUCCUGCCACAUAAAGACCUCAACAGAAGCUUCAAAAACCAGAUCAUACUGUAGUUUCAUUUAUUCUUACUUGUCAUUUUCAUACAAAUAAAACAGUUAUUUGAAAUGAAAAUGGAUGGAUGAAAUGGAUGAAUCAUCUGAAGAUAAAAUGUCUGCCAUUGUAUUGUGCAUAUGGAUUUACCAUUGUACAAUUAUCUCGUCAAAGCUGAAUAAAACAAAUGCAGAAAGA